UGGGUCUGGGGUGAUCCAUAUUUUAAAUAGGGGACGGUUCGUUUUGUUCUAGAGAGCAUUGCCAUAAAUCGAACAGAAGUGGAAUACAUUUACCGAUUCAAUUACAUUAUGUACAUAGCCUUUUGCAGUAUCAACGCGAAAAAAUAAUUUCUAUGCGAUGUGCUAUUCAGCUGACGUUAACGUUUUUCCCUCCACUGCGAACGUCCCUCUUAGAAUUAUAGUUUAACCUGCAGAAUUUUAAGCAAAAUGGCGACAGUGUAAUGGAUGGAGGACGAAAAACGUACAGUGUCAAGUGUAAUGACAAACUCACCAAUUGUGAUUGUUUCCUGCAUUGGGAAGGUGGGUUUUCAGAAGACCAUAGGGUGGAGCAAAUGGUUUGGAAUAGACUGAACUUGCUGGUGAGAUGGCUGAUAUAAAGCCAAAUGCACAAGAGAACAAAGGAGGAGAUGGGUUGGAACCAGUGUGUGACAGCUCUGGUGCCACUCAGGAGCCAUUACAGUGUCGCACGUCCUCCCUCAAGAACAAUGCUGCAGGUCUGUCAGAGCAGCUGUCCUCUGAUGAACCACCAAACCCUUUAAAUGGAGCACAGCCCAGUCCAUUUGUACCCAGCAGUGUCCCUGCUGUUCCCCACACAGCCCAAGCAGCCCAUUCACUGCCUUCAGGAGCACUUGUUAAUGGACCUGGUUCACACCCCGCCUCAGAAGAGAGCUGUGGCCUGAACAAAAACAGCACAAUGCCCAACAAUGUCCUGGUGGAAGCCCAAGACGGCCAACUACGGCAAGCUGGGAGGGACACAAGCCCUCAGGUGUUACCACCACCCAGUGAGCUUCAAUCAGACACCCUGACGAAACCAGCAGGGCUAGGGCCCAUUCUAAAAACAUAUGCCUCCACGCAGCUAAGGGCCAACAACACGUCACCAUCUGACUCUGAGGACAGUGAAGCUGAACCUACCUACCAGGCCCCCGACAACCCCUUGUCACGCCUCAGUCCAGAGUCACACCAAAUGCCAAUUAACCAAAUAUGUAUGGCCGAAGGAGGCAAGGCUAGAGGAAGAUUUAUUUGGGACUUAAACACCACUGAGUCCUCUGAGAGCUCGUCGGAUGAUUUCGAUGUGGCGGAUACACAAUACUGGGAUUCACAGAAAGAGUUCAUUCGGGUGUUGUGGAACAAUCGAACGGUUGACAGAAGCUUGAAAACAAAUGCUGAAGGAGUUGGAGUGAGGCCUCAGUUUUCCAAACGAAGACAGAGGAAGCGUAAAAUACACCUGGUGGGCACAGAAGGAUCUCCUGAAAGAGUAUACAACAGCAGCGCCAAUCACACCUACAAAAAGUGGCAUAUUGAAGAGGUGGAGGAUGAUGAUGAAGAUGAGGAUUUUGUCUCCACCGAAAAUGAAGACAAUUGGAAAAAGGCAGAUGUACAAGUUUCUGUGGAUUCCUGUGAAGUCCAUCCCAGGAAAAGCCCUGUAAUCAUCAAGAAGCUGAUAGUAAGAGCAGAUUGCCAUGAGGACAAUCCCUCCCACUCCUUCAGUAGGAAGCCCAAGCAGCUAAAGACAGAGCAACGUGAAGAGGAGCCAUCAUUCUUCCCAUGCACAAAGUGCAAUGUUAAUUUCAAGGAGAAAAGGCAUUUGCAUAGACAUAUGAUGUAUCAUUUAGAUGGGCAUAAUCACCAGGUACGCCUCUACGAGAACGUUCCCCGUCCUUUUAUAUGCAGAGAGUGUGGGCGUUCAUUCCGGGAUCGCAACUCCCUGCUCAAGCACAUGAUUAUCCACCAGGAGAGACGGGAAAAACUCAUGGAAGAGAUACAGGGACUCAAUAGACUCCAAGACGAAGGCCGGCAUGCCAAACUACAGUGCCCUCAGUGUGUGUUUGGGACCAACUGCCCGAAGACAUUUGUCCUGCACGCCAAGACACACGAAAAGGAUAAGCGUUAUUUCUGCUGUGAGGAGUGCAACCACAUGGCGUUGACGGAACAGGAGAUGGACACACACCUUCUCUGUCACACACGGACAUCUAAACACAAGGGUGUGAUCGAAGAGGAUGAGUCCAAGUGUCCUACUGAUGAUGAUGGAGCCGGUCGUGUUUUGUUUCACUGUAAAGUGUGCCCUUUCAGCACCCAGAGUCAAAAUGACCUCAACAGACAUUGUGAGCUCAUACACCAGCAAUCAGAUUAUGAGGAUGAAUGUGAUCAUUCUCCAUUUGAAAAAGCACCUGACCAUCUAGAUCAGAACAGGUUAGCUGACCCGUCCACAAAAGCAGCCAAUCUAAAACUACUGCAUUUAAAGCCUAAGUUCUUCAUCAAAAAGUCUUCUUUCUGGAAAAGAGCGGAGUUGCCCUUUUGGUCUGGUAGUGUAGCUGACUUUUACAUGAGGGAUACAGCAGACACACAAACGUUGUACAAAGGUAUUUCUUCCUCUCCGUUCAAGUGCAGCCUUGUCAGCUCAAUAAACAAGAUGUCACCAUCAGUAUGGAGGUGUGACAAACCAAGCAAAUUUUCUCUUAAACCCACAGAGAAAAUAGACGUGACAACAGGCCUCCCUUAUGUUGAGGAAGACCUUCAACUAUAUGACCAUGUGGGUUCAGAAAUGUCAGAAAGAACAAAUUAUCCUUCUAAUUUUGAUGUGUUGCUUACAUCCAAGACAUUUAAGCCAGGUCCGAUGUUGUAUCAUAGCAGCCACUCAAACAAAUGUUUGGGAGAUACAAGUGACUUGACUGGUAGGAUGUCAGAGGCCCAAACUGGUACCCAAAAGUCUCCAUCCAAAAGAAAAAUGUUCACUCCUUUUCGCAACACUGUGGACCAGGUGGUUGAUUAUGUUUUGCCAAAACUGCCAAAGUCCACCCUUCCGGAGGACAAGGAGGUGAGAGACAACGAUGAGGACACCUAUGACUUCAGUGCGUACACCAGUGAGGCCACAGCCAAUUUUUUGGAUACCGCCGAGAACAAGAGGAACCCAUAUGCCCGUAACUACUUUAUACGCAGACAGAGAGGUUCUUCAAUCAAAGAGGAUUCUGAAACUGCAGCUGAUGUUGGCCAUUUUGAAAAUAACGUAUCUCAGCUAGACCACAAGUCUGAACCGACUGAAGAAACGGAUGGGGAGUACGACAGCGGUGACAUACAGAAGCUCAUCAUCAAAGAAGAGUGCAUUGAAAGCUCAGUGUGUGACGACUCCCCAGAGUCCCCCACCACCAACACGCUCACCCAGAGUUUCUCCUAUGACGUCUGCCGUCCGUUCGGGACGGAAAGGAAGUCCUGCCCCUACUGUCCUGCCACGUUUGAGUCUGGGGUGGGUUUGUCCAAUCACGUGCGAGGGCACCUGCACAGGUUGGGGCUGAGUUAUGACGCUCGGCACGUGGUGUCACCUGAGCAGGUAGCCUCACAGGACCGCCAGCCACGCGUACGAAGGAAGGUCUCUUCUGUUGCACGUAGGAUAAGAAAAGCGGAGAAGCCAGAGUCUCAGGCAGAGCACACCUGCCCCCUGUGCUGGGGCUGGUUCGACACCAAGACGGGCCUCUCCAACCAUGUGAGGGGACACCUUAAGCGGAUAGGGAAGACGAUCACAGGCACCAGUAAGAGCCCAGUGUGUAUACUCAACGAGCUGUUACAGGAUGAGCAGGAACACAAGAACAUCCUCCAGACCCUCAAGGGGAAGCAGUUCAACUCUCGACCCAUCAUUUCCCAAAAGUUCAUUGGCAGCGACGGGCUCUUCCUAACACCCACAGGGAUCCCAGUUAAGGUCCAACAUGGCUUCCAGCCGGGCCAGGGUGGCCCUCCCACUCCAUGGGGUACCAGUACAACUGCACCCAGGCACGAUGAAGUAGACAGAGAGAAGUCCUUUUCUCAAAGGAACAGUAUAACGACACCAGCUCUCAUUGAACCUUCACAGAGCACGUUAAUAGACCUACUGAAGCAGAGGAAGGUCUACAAGGAGCAGCUGAGGGAUAAAAGUAGAUCAUGUGAUGCAGAUAAGACACACUUUACUGUCACCAAAGAGAGGCUUGAGGAGAGACAGAACCAACUGGCCAAUGACCUGCAAUUACACGAGAGAAAUGAAUCUAAUAAGAAGAUUUGCGUUCACUGUAACACAACGUUCCCGAGUGCUGUUAGUCUGUCCAAUCAUCUUCGAGCUUACGCACGCAAGAAAAGGGUUGCCAUGUUGGAAGGAACAACUUAUUCCUGUAUACAGAAGAAGCCUAGGUUGAGGGCUGGAACAAAAAAGAAGCUUUUCUUAGAGCUCCCACGAGCAGUUGAGGAGAUCUACAGCCUCACUUGCAGGUUCUGUGACCUAGUCUUCCAAGGUCCUCUCUCUGUCCAAGAAGACUGGAUCAAACACUUACAGAGACACCUCAUGCAUACUAGUGUUCCUCACACAGGGGCUGGCAUGGUGGAGGUCCUGGGACCACACAAAGAGAUGGCCUGCUCACCCUCCAAGCUGCAUCCCUGUCUGAAGCCGCCAAUGUCCGACGGGCAGCAUGCGUCCCACAAGCUCCUGAAGCACCAUGAGCACCUCUGCUUGGAACACCCCUCUCCCCAUAAUCACCUGCCGUCCCAGCAAAAGGCCACCUUGCCCUAUGGACACAGCUUGCCCAGUCAGCACCCCGAACCCCAUGAGCACCCCGAACCCCAUGAGCACCCCGAACCCCAUGAGCACCCUGAACCCCAUGAGCACCCCGAACCCCAUGAGCACCCCGAAACCCAUGAGCACCCCGAACCCCAUGAGCACCCCGAACCCCAUGAGCACCCCGAACCCCAUGAGCACCCCGAACCCCAUGAGCACCCCGAACCCCAUGAGCACCCCAAAACCCAUGAGCACCCCGAACCCCAUGAGCACCCCGAACCCCAUGAGCACCCCGAAACCCAUGAGCACCCCGAAACCCAUGAGCACCCCGAAACCCAUGAGCACCCCGAACCCCAUGAGCACCCCGAACCCCAUGAGCACCCCGAACCCCAUGAGCACCCCGAACCCCAUGAGCACCCCAAAACCCAUGAGCACCCCAAAACCCAUGAGCACCCCGAAACCCAUGAGCAGCCUCAGCCCCAUGACAAGCAGCCCAUGCACCAUGCCCAGCCUUCAUCCAAUAAGCAUCCAAGCUUGGAGCAGCACAUGUCUACCCCCCCUCUGGAACUUCUUCCAGUGGCGUCUUGA